AAAAAAAAUCUUUUUCUCUUCUCUUCUUCUUUUUUCUCUUUCUUUACUCUUUACUCUUUUUUUUUUAUAUCUUCAUCCUCUUUUUUUUUAUAUCUUCAUCUUCUUUUUUUUUAUCAUGACUACAGUUAUUCCACCUCUCAAAUUAUCACGGCCGAGCCAAUCAUUUAAGAAAUAUAAACUACAAAUCGUACAAAAUCCGAUCAGAGCAAGAUGUUGUGGAUUUGGAGAAAAAGACAAACGGCCGAUUGAUCCACCCCCUAUACUUAAAUUGACGGCAGAAGAUGAAAGUGGGAAGCCACUCGAAUUAAAAGCUGGAGAUGCAGUUUUAUUUCUCGUUCAUUGCCAAUUAUAUAAUGAAAAUGGUACGUUGGAUAAAACACUUGUUCAUACACCUUGGUCAAACACAUCACCAAUAAGAAAACAAACUAUAAGAUAUUCAGCACAUAAGGAUAAGCCAGAAUAUGUACGCAACCUAAUUGGAUCAGUUGUAUCAAAUGCGUAUCAUUUAUACGAUGAAAACUCUAUUCCAGGCAUCUUUUUCAUAUUCCAAGACUUAUCUGUACGUAUAGAGGGCACGUAUACCCUAAAAUUCGUAUUCAUUAAUUUAGCCGAAGGCGAUCCCUUAACUAUGAGCACCAAGGUUCAAGUGGAAAUGGUGUCAAAACCAUUUACAGUUUAUUCAGCAAAAAAGUUUCCUGGAAUGACAGAAUCUACUACACUUUCUAGAUGUUUCGCAAAACAAGGCAUAAAAAUACCUAUACGAAGUGAACAUGUGUCGAUGAAAACACCUCAAAAGAAUACAGCACCAGAAUUACCAACACUAACAUUACCAACGCCAGCACUAGCAACACCAUCAUCAUCAACAUCAUCAUCAACAACAAUAAGCAAACUAUCCAUCAAGAACAUUUUGUUGCCCGAAGACAAUGACAAUGGAAUUUAAUAAUAAACUCAUUUGAGCCUCCCUCCCCCCCUGGCAAAAUUAGAGUAUUCUGUGACACAGACUUUUUUUAUUCUAUGUUACAAUUACUUUUUUUUGAUCUAUCGUCGGCGA